AUGGCCAGUGCAGAAGAGUCCUCUGUAAUAGAGGAGGACAAUGUAUCCUUGGGUGGUGAACGAGAUCCCCUUCUACCCCGCGAACGCCAGCAGAUCGAGCAAAUCGACUUCCGCUCUGGCCGAGAGACACUGCAAAGAAGUAAAUGUGAUACUUUGGUGCUGGCUAUUUUCAAGAUUUGUUUUUGUUCUCUUGGUCUAUGGGGACAUCAACUGUGGAAUUACAUCCCUCGGGUUUUAGUCGGGGCAAUCGUCGUUUAUCAAGCUGUUUACGAUUUUUAUGUUGUGCUUGGUUGUCCCGGCUUUGAUUGCGGCUUUCUACAAAAUUCAACGGAUAAGAACAAGACUUCACAUCAUAAAGAUGACAGGGAAAUUGCAAACGCUCUUUACACGAUCGUCUCAGUCGCAGCUGUUAUUUCUUACUUUCUUUUCAUUGGUUGUUUCAUCGCAACAAGAAGGAACACUUACGUUGCAUUAAUAACUCCUUCUGAGUCUCUAGAUGCAAAUAACAAUGAUCUGGAUAAAAAGAACGUCUGCAGGGCGUCUGUUGCUUGUGUUUUGCGUUUACUGUUAUAACAACGCUGUUUCUAUGCUCAGUGGCGGUGUUUUAUGCCAUAAUUUGGAAGAGUCAACCUCGAAAUUCCUUUUUCGACACACUCGCGACUGGAGUGGGUGCGCAGUUUUUCGCACAAUGGACAGCAAUUACAACUUGCCAUGUGUUUGCCGUCAGCUCGUUUGCGCUUUGCAAGUCAUACUUUAAAAAGGCUAUUUCCUCUCCCCUCCCCUCACCCUCUCCUCUUUCCUCUCCCCGCCAGGAAGUUCGUUAUCAACCAAAAGAGGAUCAAAAGACAACUAAAAUUAGGAUCAUCUCAUGUAGUCCUGUCUCUCAGUUUCUUCACAGUUUGCCCGGAAUUUCUAAGCUGAUUUAUAGGUCCAAAAUUCAGUUAAUAAUGCAGUCAAGGUUUAUAUGGACAUCAGUUCCAGAUCAAAGCAGACUUACGGUGGGCCUAUUUGGUUACUGA